UUCAUCCUCAGCGAGCCUGCCUUUGAUGUUCUGCGUACCCAAGAGGCGCUCGGAUAUAUCGUCUCGCUUGCGAAAUUUCGCACUAGACAAACAGAAAGGGUCAACAUUAUUGGCUCCACAAUUCUCGUUUGUAACGACGUCAAUUCGAAUUCAACCAGUACGGUUUCUGGCAAAAUAUCUGCCUUCUGGCGAUUCGUGGCUCCUCGUGUAUUGGCAUCGUCGCAGACAAAGCUCUUCCAGACAUCAGUAGGUACCUUCUGCGAAAUGAAAAUCGCAAGCAUUUAG